UCGGGAGCUGCGCGGAGCCGCCGCUUUGCAGCGCUGAGCACUGCCGCUCUCAUCGCUCCGCUGCCGCCGCCCGGGGCCGGGAGAAGGAGAAGGAGCUCCUCGGAUCCCGGCGUCUCGCCUGCCCGCAGCGAUGGAGCCGGGUGGCGGGGCCGCGGCGCGGCUCCUCUCCGCCGGGCGCAGCCGACCUCUCCUCCGCCCGCGGGAGCGGAGCGGCCCCGCCGCCGAGCACCGCCCCCCCUGCUAGGCGGCCGAGCCCCAUCCCGCACCCCUGGAGCCCCUCGCGCAUCCCUCGAGCCCUUUGUGCGUUCCUCUGUGCACCCCCGAACUCCUCGUGCAUCCCCUACCCCUUUGUGCAUCCCUCUGUGCGCUCCCAAACCUCUCGUGCAUUCCAGUCUUGUGCACUUCCAGACCUCUCGUGUGUCCCUUUGUGCACCUCAAACCCCUCGUGUACCUUUCUACAUCCCUCCAUCCCCCUCUCCGUAUCUCCCAGCCCCGACCCUCCCCUACCUUGCAUGCAGCCCCAGGGCUGCAGGAGCUGUGGCCACACGCCAUGGGCACCAAGCAGACUAAAGGCUGCCAGCCGGGCAGUGCCAGCGAGAGCCCACCCGCUCCCCACCGCAAGAAAAUAUCCCCCAAGGAACGGGGGGAUUUCCUCGCUUCCCUCAUGGUGAAGUCCGGCGAGAAGUUUGGGAAGGGCGGCGGCAGCGGUUUGCCCCCUUAUCACCGUCGGAUCUGCAUGAUCCAGGACAUGCUGGUGCUGGUGAAGCAGGGCAAGCAGGAGGAGGCCACCGAGCUGCUGCGCUACCUGCGGCAGGAUUUAGGAAUGGAGUCGACCUCUCUGGAUGAUGUCCUCUACCGAUAUGCCAGCUUUCGAAACUUGGUGGAUCCAAUCACUCAUGACUUGAUCAUCAGCCUUGCAAGAUACAUCCACUGCCCCAAACCGGAGGGAGACUCCCUCGGGGCCAUGGAGAAGCUUUGCCGGCAGCUCACCUACCACCUCAGCCCCCACUCACAGUGGAGACGUCAGGGCAUCAUGAAGAGGAAGCCACAGUCAUGCUUGAAAGCUGUCCUGAUGGGGAAGCCUCAGGACAACACAGUGGACCUGUCGGGCAUCCCGCUGACUCUGAAGGACUUGGAGCGUGUCACGUCCUACCUGCAGCACAGCUCGGAGCACAUCGACACGGUGGAGCUGUGCUUCACCGAGCUGACGGACGAGAUGCUGCUGCAGCUGCUGCCAGUGCUCUGUGGGCUGCCUCACCUCACCACCCUCUCCCUCAACGGCAACCGCCUCACCAAAGCCGUCCUGCGGGACCUCACCGAGACCCUGAAAGAUCCCAAGAAGUUCCCCAGCAUCACCUGGAUUGACCUGGGCAACAAUGUGGACAUCUUCUCCUUACCACAGCCUUUCUUGGUGAGCCUCAAGAGGCGCUGCCCAAAGCAAGGCAACCUACCAACCAUUCUGGAGUUUGGGGAGGGGCAGGUGAGUGAUUUGGAGAGCCAAGAUGGCCUGGCUGAGAGCCAGGAGGAGCUGCGAGCUGAAGAAGGCAAAGCUGACAAGGCAGACUCGCAGCAGACGGACAGAAGAGCUGAGGCUGGGGAGCUCCCCAGCUCAGGGCAAGGUGCUGGGACACCACAGACAUGAUUUUGCACCUCGGUGGCUCUGGGAUGGAGGGAGGGUGACAAAACUGAGCCCUCGGGGCUGGAGGUGCCGGCAGAGGGGGCGAUUCGCAGAGGGGAUGCUCUGGGAGGCUGGACUGCUGCUUCCCUCCCACAGGAUGAAUGUCAACCUCUUGCUUUUCAAAGGACACAUGAAGGUCACUUGUAUUUUCUAAAAGCUGGCCAGGUACUUUUUAAAUGUUAGUGACAUGCUCUGCUUUUGAACCUCUCAAAAAUGCAUCUCCGAGGUGGUGUAAGAGGGGAGGCCCUUAGAAGAGCACAAAAGGGGAGAAGAAAGGUGCCCAGGCUUUACUGGGAAAGGCUCCCUCAGUGCUGGAUCCAGUCAGUCCCCAGCUGCUUUCCCACACAUGAUGGACAGACAGCAGUCACCCCCAGAGGACUACCACAGAGAUAAACCUUAUAACCUUUCCAAUCCUGACUUCAGGAGUUGCUGAAGAGUAGCAGAUCUGCUGAGAUACAACAAAAGCCUGAUCACACUCUAACCAGAGGUGUUUCUCUUCCUAUUGUGAGCAAGCCCAAAGGGAAAGCUUUGCUUUCCUGACAUGGAGCUAAAUCUCAGCCCUCACCCUCCAGCCUUAAGAAAAUCAGGCUGAUACUUGUGCCUGCUCACUAUUUAUUCAGAUGCACAAUCCAGUUCCUCACCAGCCGCGCUGCUGUAACAACUCCAGAAUGUUUAAUGUGGUACCUGGAGCUUGCACCAGCAACGCUGAGAGGAUUUGAUUUAUUUUAGGGAAUGCUCUGCAGAGUCUGGAGCCAGAGCUCAGCUCAGAUUUGUUGCUGUUGCUGACAAGAGAGGCCACUAUAUUGAAGGCUUAUAACAGAAAAGUAAUGCUAGGGUUGCUCCUGGCAUCACUGCCACUGAGGGCUGGGAGGACACAGCCAGCCAGAGAUUUAAAGCCUCAGAAAGGCCAUUGGGUCACUUGGCUGUGUCCAUCCCUCCCAAACCAGAAGUGCUUUGUUUCUAGAAUGGUUUGGGGUUUUUUUUCUGAGGCAUGGGUUCCAUUUGGUUUUAAUUUGAUGGCAAAUGGAUCAGCCUCAAGCAGCAGCGCUGGAAUGGGCCCUUUGGCUUUCGAACCAGAGCUCCAUUUAAUGCUAAACUUGGGGGAGGACAUGAAAGUGUGAAACAGUUCCUCUCCUUUACAUUCAAAGGACCAAAGGUGACUCCCUUUGCUAAGAGAGAGCCCUUUUCUAAGCUGUUCAAAGCCUAUCCCUGAGCAGCUUUACAGCACCCUCUCCCUGGCUCGCAGCAGUGACUCUGUGGCUUCGCUGCCUCUGGGUGCAAGCUCAGUCAGAUGUUUUGGUUGUCUCCUUGGCUCUGUUCAUUUAACAUCACUGCACCAGGAAGUUUGGGUUUUUUUUCUAGAGGGGCUUUCAGUGCUGUUGGUUGUUGUUUCUCCUCCCUACACAAGUAGACAACUCAGAAGAAACUCUGCUACUCGUUUGAAUACAUUUGGCACCGUUCAGUAUGAUUUGCAUGUAUCCCAACCUUUUUCCUCUCUUUUUUUUUAAUGCUAAUUUUCCAACAGGCAUGAAAAAAACCCAACUUUGCAGUGAAUAAACUUCUGUUUGAAAUAAAGAAGCACUCUGUAAUAAAAAU